AUGUGGGUGGCGGCGCUGCUGCCGGCGCUGCUGGCGGCGGCGGGGGCGCAGUACGAGCGCUACAGCUUCCGCAGCUUCCCGCGGGACGAGCUGAUGCCGCUGGAGUCGGCCUACCGCUACGGGCUGGACCAGUACAGCACCGAGAACUGGCCCGAGAGCGUCAGCUACCUGGAGGUCAGCAUGCGGCUGUACCGCCUGCUGCGCGACAGCGAGGCGUUCUGCCACCGCAACUGCAGCGCGGCCGCGCCGCCGCCCCCCGCGCCCCGCAGCGCCGCCCUGCAGGAGCUGCGCCUCCUGUCCGGGGUGCUGCGGCGGGCGCAGUGCCUGCGGCGCUGCAAGCAGGGGCUGCCCGCCUUCCGACAGGCGCAGCCCGGCCGCGAACUGCUCGAGGAGUUCCAGCGCCGCGAGCCCUACAAGUACCUGCAGUUCGCCUACUUCAAGGCUAAUAAUCUUCCAAAAGCUAUUGCAGCAGCUCACACAUUUCUUCUGAAGCAUCCAGAUGAUGAAAUGAUGCAAAGGAAUAUGGCCUACUAUAAGAGCAUACCUGAUGCUGAGGAGCAUAUUAAAGACUUGGAGAUAAAGCCUUAUGAGAAUCUCUUUGUCAGGGCGGUGAGAGCGUACAAUGGGGACAACUGGCGCACGUCCAUCUCGGACAUGGAACUGGCUCUUCCCGAGUUCUUCAAAGCCUACGACGACUGCAUAGCAGCCUGCGAAGGCUCCCGAGAGAUCACAGACUUUAAAGACUUCUAUCUUUCCAUUGCAGACCAUUAUAUUGAAGUCCUUGCGUGCAAAGUGCAGUGUGAGAGCAAUCUGACACCUAUUAUAGGAGGCUUUGUCGUUGAAAAAUUUGUGGCCACCAUGUACCAUUACUUGCAGUUUGCAUAUUAUAAAUUGAAUGACAUGAAGAAUGCAGCUUCUUGUGCUGCCAGUUACCUUCUGUUUGACGAGAAGGAUGAAGUAAUGAAACAGAACAUGGUCUAUUACCAGUACCACAAAGACAAGUGGGGACUUAAAGAGGAGGAUUUUCAGCCCAGAUCGGAGGCCGUUCGAUACCACAACAUUACCACGCUCCAGCUGGAAUUGUAUGAAUUUGCGAAGGAACAUCUGAUGGAUGAUGAUGAGGGUGAAGUUGUGGAAUUCCUUGAUGAGCUGUUAGAAGUGGAGGAAAAGAAGGAAUCCUGAUGAGUGAAACCACCAGGAAGUACUUUACAGAAAGUGAAGACUCACCAUUGCUCCUUACUAUUAUAUUUGAUCACCUGUAGUUCCAGUUAGAUAUACCUCAAAGGUGCUUCUUUGAGCUGCACCUUUUGUCCCAAGAUCCACUCCUGAAAGGUCACUUCGUGCUGCACUGACUCUUCUGUGAGCAUGGCUUUUCACCUUGCAGAACUGGUGCACAUGAGUUUCCCCUUGAGCUUUCUUUCCCUUGCACAAACACAACAGAACUGACCAUUUCUGUUUUCUGGGAUAACACUAAGGUUCCUCAUUUCAGUGCUGUUGUACUGAGUUGUAACAGUACAGCUAAAUUCUCAAAAACUUUUGUCAGAUUAUGAACUAUGGAAGACAUAACAGUUCCUCUUUCUGAGCUAUGAAUUGUAUUAUUUAUAUAUGUCUUUUUAUGUGAUGGUGAAUAAAGUGAUAAUGAAUCCCAGUGCA